CUCUCCCUCUCAGAACCUUCCUGCCGUCGCGCGCGCAUCUCGCUGCUCCAGCCUCCGGGCCACGUUCCAUCCUUCAGCCCGCGCCCAGCCCAGGAAAGGAGAAAAAAAGCUAGCAUCUCUUCUUAUACCUUAAGCAAGCAAAGAAAUUCUUAUAAGCCUUAAUCAUGAGGGAGAUCGUGCAUAUCCAGGCUGGUCAGUGUGGCAACCAGAUCGGUGCCAAGUUUUGGGAGGUGAUUAGUGAUGAACACGGCAUUGACCCCACUGGUACCUACCACGGGGACAGCGACCUGCAGCUGGACCGCAUCUCCGUGUACUACAAUGAAGCCACAGGUGGCAAGUAUGUUCCGCGAGCUAUCUUGGUGGACUUAGAACCUGGGACCAUGGACUCUGUUCGCUCCGGACCUUUUGGGCAGAUCUUCAGACCAGACAACUUUGUUUUUGGUCAGUCUGGGGCAGGCAACAACUGGGCUAAGGGCCACUAUACAGAAGGGGCUGAGCUGGUGGACUCAGUCCUGGAUGUGGUUCGGAAGGAGGCUGAGAGCUGUGACUGCCUGCAAGGCUUCCAGCUGACCCACUCACUGGGUGGAGGCACAGGCUCUGGCAUGGGCACCCUGCUCAUCAGCAAGAUCCGGGAAGAGUACCCUGACCGCAUCAUGAACACCUUCAGUGUCGUGCCCUCACCCAAAGUCUCCGACACUGUGGUUGAGCCUUACAAUGCCACCCUCUCUGUCCAUCAGUUGGUAGAGAACACUGAUGAGACCUACUGUAUUGACAACGAGGCCCUUUAUGACAUCUGCUUCCGUACCCUCAAGCUGACCACACCAACCUAUGGGGACCUGAACCACCUCGUCUCUGCCACCAUGAGCGGCGUCACCACCUGCCUCCGCUUUCCAGGCCAACUCAAUGCCGACCUCCGCAAGUUGGCAGUCAACAUGGUGCCCUUCCCACGUCUCCACUUCUUCAUGCCCGGCUUCGCCCCACUCACCAGCCGUGGAAGCCAGCAGUAUCGGGCCCUCACUGUGCCUGAACUCACACAACAAGUCUUUGAUGCCAAGAAUAUGAUGGCUGCCUGUGACCCCCGCCAUGGCCGGUAUCUUACAGUGGCUGCUGUCUUCCGGGGCCGCAUGUCCAUGAAGGAGGUGGACGAGCAGAUGCUCAACGUGCAGAACAAGAACAGCAGCUACUUCGUGGAAUGGAUCCCCAACAAUGUCAAGACAGCGGUCUGUGACAUUCCACCUCGUGGCCUCAAGAUGGCAGUCACCUUCAUUGGCAACAGCACAGCCAUCCAGGAGCUCUUCAAGCGCAUCUCAGAGCAGUUCACAGCCAUGUUCCGCCGGAAGGCCUUCCUGCACUGGUACACAGGUGAGGGCAUGGACGAGAUGGAGUUCACUGAAGCUGAGAGCAACAUGAACGACCUGGUCUCCGAGUAUCAGCAGUACCAAGAUGCCACAGCAGAGGAGGAAGAGGAUUUUGGUGAAGAGGCUGAAGAGGAGGCCUAAGCAGAUCCCUCCCUUAUUUCAGUUCCCUCCACUGCCCCUUUCCAAUCCUUUCCAUUUGUUUCUGCUGCCUCUGUCCUGAUUUUCUUUUUUUUCUUUUUUUUUUAAGGAGUGUUAACCAUGCCUAACUCUUGGGUAGGCACUCAAUAAAUAUUUGUUGAAUGUCUCCUCUCUUACCACUUUGGAAAAUCUAGAUUUCUACUAUUCUGGAUUACCCUGUAUCUCCUAUACUCACUACUCAGAACUGUCCAAUUAAUAUUUCUGGAUUCAAAACAACUUAACUUGAGUCUCCUCCAAGUCAUAUUAGGAACCAGCCUGGUGCUGAAGAACCCAAAUAGAGUGGCCAUUAUCCGGGGUUAAAGGGAGAGGUAGCAGGUAGAAGUCACUGAGGAAGGGUUAGGGGAUUCAGUCAAAAACAGAUUUGGAGAGACAACCAACUGAGGCUUUAAAUGUCACACCUUCCAAGUCCUUCCUACUUCAUCUCCCAGCUUCAGGUGAGGUGUUAACAGUAUUAUCUCAUUUUGUAGUCUUUUUUUUUUUUUUUUUUUCCCCAUUCCAGCUGUCCUGAGCCCUUGAUGGCCUACGCCCCCCCCCCAACCUUUCCUAGCAGAUUCCUUCCUUUCCCUUGGCCAAAGACUUAUUGAGUGGAGAGGGGUGAAGCCUUGGUCUGAACCUCCAAAACCCUGGCCACUUAAAAAGUAUAUCCCUAAUGGGUGGAAAGGUGUGUGCUGCCACAUAGAUGUUUGGGUCACUCCCCAGAGGAGAGAUAAACGACACCCUCCGUCUUCACGAUAUCUUUUUGCUAUUGCCGUUGACUUCCUACCCUUUAUUUUGUCCUAUCCUACACUUCAGAUUUCUAUUUUGUGUUGAACUUGCUUUUUUUCAUAUUGAAAAGAUGACAUUGCCCCAAGAGCCAAAAAUAAAUGGGAAUUGACAAA